ACAGUUAGCUUUCUGCAGAAAGCAGUCAAUCACUUCUUGUAGGCAGUCAAUCACUUCUUGUAGGCAGUCAGCCACUUCUCGUGGGCAGUCAGUUACUUCUCGUGAGCAGUCAGCUAUUAUUU